AUGACUUCCCGCGUUUUCCUCCUCCUCUCUCUCACCACUCUUCUCAUCUUCUCCUCCGUUUCUCCUUCUUCAUCCACCGACGUAGACGAUGAAGAAGAAGAUCUCACCUUCCUCGAAGACCCCAAAGAAGAACCAGAAGCUCCCUCUAAGCCACUUUCUGACGACGACGAAGAGGAAGAAGAGGAAGAAGACGGAGACUUCUCCCAUAUAACCAACGCACACUCUGCUCCCUUCCCGGCUCCUGAAGUCGACGAGAAAGACGUUGUGGUCAUCAAGGAGCGUAACUUCACUGACGUGAUAGAGAACAACGAGUACGUGAUGGUUGAGUUCUACACGCCUUGGUGUGGUCAUUGUCAGUCUUUUGCUCCUGAGUACGCGUUAGCCGCGACGGAGCUUAAGGGAGACGGCGUCGUUUUGGCUAAGAUUGAUGGGGCGGAGGAGAGGGAGUUGGCUCAUGAGUAUAGUGUUAAGGAGUUCCCGUUUAUUCUCUUCUUUGUUGAUGGUGAGCACAUGGCUUAUACUGGAGGGAGGACCAAAGAAACAAUAGUGACGUGGGUGAAGAAGACGAUAGGUCAUACCCUGUACAACCUCACCACUUUAGAUGAUGCUGAGAAAGUGUUGACUUCUGGAAACAAAGUCGUCUUGGGUUACUUGAACUCUCUAGUGGGUGUUGAGCAUGAUCAACUUGCUGCUGCUUCCAAAGCUGAAGACGACGUGACCUUCUACCAAACCGUGAAUCCUGAUGUCGCCAAAAUGUUCCACAUUGAUCCUGAGUCUAAACGUCCUGCUCUUGUCUUAGUUAAAAAAGAAGAGGAGAAGAUUAGCCAUUUUGAUGGGGAGUUUGUGAAGUCUGCUCUAGUUAGUUUUGUCUCUGCCAACAAGCUUCCUUUGGUCACUGUUUUAACACUAGAGAGCUCCCAGAAGAUCUUUGAGAGUGCAAUCGAGAAGCAGUUGCUGUUGUUUGCAAACAAAAAUGACUCUGAAAAGGUUCUUCUAGAGUUUGAAGAAGCAGCAAAAUCAUUUAAAGGAAAGCUCAUCUUUGUAUAUGUGGAUGUGGAUGAUGAGGACCAUGGGCAGCCAAUUGCUGAAUACUUUGGUGUGUCUAGCCCUAAACUUGUUGCCUUCACAGGAAAUGAAGAUCUUAAAAAACACUACUUCGAUGGUGAAAUCAAGUCAGAUCAAAUUAAGAUAUUUGGGGAAGAGUUCUUGAGUGAUAAGCUAACGCCUUUCUAUAAGUCAGACCCUAUUCCUGAAAAGGUAAAAGAAAGAAACUCUUACUUAUAUCAUUCAUGUAAACAAUGGACUUCAAACUUUUGGUGUCUACAGAAUGAUGGAGAUGUGAAAAGUGUGGUUGGAGAUAACUUUGAUGAGAUUGUUCUGGACGAGUCUAAGGAUGUUCUUCUCAAGGUCUAUGCACCAUGGUGUGGACGUUGCCAAGCACUUGAGCCAAUGUAUAACAAGCUUGCCAAACAUUUAAAAGGCAUUGAUUCUCUUGUCAUAGCUAAGAUGGAUGGAACAACCAAUGAACACCCCAAGGCAAAGGCUGAAGGGUUCCCUACGAUACUAUUCUUCCCUGCAGGAAACAAGACCUCAGAACCGAUAACGGUGGAUACAGACCACACUGUGGUUGCAUUUUACAAGUUUAUGAGGAAACAUGCAACGGUUCCAUUCAAACUGGAGAAGCCUGCAUCAACUGAAUCUCCUGAAACUGCCGAGUCCACACCAAAAGAUGAAACUACUGAGACCAAAGAAAAGCCUGAGAGCACCAAAAGUGAUUCCAAGGACGAGUUGUGA